CCAGGGCAGCUGCUCCUCAGCCAGCCGGGACACUGGGCCUGCGGAGAGACGGCCUGCAAGAGGGGCCAUUUCACCUGGAGCUGUUCUCUCAGCAGCGCAAGAUGCAGUUAUCUGCUACCCGCUCCACGAUUAGAACUGUUUCUUCGUCAUGGCAUGUGGACUGGACAGAUGCCACGUCCCUGUUAGUCUGGGAGGACUUCAGGGAAACAAGGAGGUUGCAGCAUGCACCCAGUUAGGUGAUGGGGAUCUUCUUGCACUGGUCUUUUCUUUCUGGAGCGCAUCCUGAUAUCCUUUGUCAUCCAGAGCUUUCCCCUCUGUUGCUAAGAAGAGUGAUGGUCGUGAUGAGGACUAAAUCCGGUUUCACUGCUUUGACAGAGAAAUUCAUCCAGAGGAGCGGCCCAGACAGAGGCACUGAUGAGCUGGCGCAAACCCUCAAUGACUACCUGUGUGACAUUUUGGAGGAGAUGCUGAUUUUUGGAGGAGACAUCUUUAAGUUUGCUGGGGAUGCUGUGCUGGUGCUGUGGAGAGCACCACCCCGGGAGCUGGCUAAGACCAUCAGCCUGGUGCUGCAAUGUAGCCGGCAGAUCCAGAGGAAGUAUGGGAAUCGUGACACGCGCGUGGGUCAGAAGGUCCGACUGAAGAUAGGGAUCUCUGCAGGGCCCAUGGACCUCCUGCUAGUCGGAGACAGGAGGCGGCAGUACUUCUUGAUCUGUGGCCAGGCCCUGGAUGAAGUUCGUGAGGCCGAAGAGCUUGCGAACGCAGGUGAAGUAAUCCUCUCGGCCACCUCCUGGGAGCUCUGUGAGCAGCACCGGCUCAGGACCAGGCGCCCUGCAGGCAAAAGAGCUGUGAAGGUUACAGGCAUGGAUCGGAUGUCUUGGUCAGAAUGCCAAGACGCUUUACGCAAGCUUGUGCAACACCCAAGGAGCCGCCGCUUGGAAGGGGAAGGUGCCAUGAGGCCCGCUCUUCCCCUGCCCAGCGGUCCUAAUGCGCACGACAUGCUUAGCAAGUACAUAUCAGAAGCUGCUCUCAGGAAGCUUGAUGACAGAGUGCCGCUGGAACUCUUCUCUGAGCUACGGCCAGUCACCAGCCUCUUCGUCCAACUGCAGUUGACUGCAGGUAUCAACACAGUGGCCAUCCACACCGCCGUCCACGAUGCCAGCAGGAUGAUGCUGGAAAUCCUCUGUCCUCACAAAGGCGAAAUCAACAAAAUCGUCCUGUUUGAUAAAGGCUGCGUGUUCCUCUGUGUGUUUGGCCUCGGCGGAGAAAAGCUGCCCUACGAGAGCAUUCACGCCUUGCAGAGUGCUAGUCAGAUCUUCAAUUCCUGCUCCAUGAUGCUCAUGGAAACAGAGGCGGUAUCUGUUGCAGUUACCAGUGGGACGGUGUUCUGCGGAGUCACCGGCCACCCUCUGAGGCAUGAAUACACAGUCAUUGGCCAGAAGGUGAAUUUGGCAGCCCGGAUGAUGGUGCACUACCCUGGGCUGGUGUCCUGUGAUGCAGUGACCUACGCCUCCUCUCGGCUGCCCCCUUACUACUUCAAGGAGCUGCCGGAGAGAAAGAUGAAAGGCCUCAGUCAUCCUGGCACUGUCUAUCAAUAUGUGGGGAUCACCAAGAAGAGCAUAUUUGGCAUGGGUCUUGCCAAGAAGAGGUCAGAGUACGCCCCCUUACUGGGUCGGGAGAAGGAGAUUGACCUCUUUGGCAGCUGCUUGAAAGCCUACGAGGACUUAGGACAAAGGCACAUCCUGGCAUUUGAGGGACGAUGGGCUCCGGAAAGAGCCACUUACUUACCGAACUGGCCUAUUUCGGCCAGGCUGCUGGCCACAGCCUCUCGAGAAAGCCUCCUGGAGACACUCCCUAGGAGCACCUGCAUGCUCUGCUCCCGCCUCUACAUCUCUGGGGAGCUGGAGAAGGAGCACUGGGGCAGAAAAGCCUUCCUGUGGUCUGGGAAGCAGGCUGCUAAGGCCUGCAGCCCAAAGGCAAAGCCGCCACUUGCUCCAUCCUUGCCCCUUAGCCCCAUGAGUUCCUCUGCAGGGGGACGUAGCGAGACCUGGGCCGGCGCUGGGGAGACACAAGAGUCUGGACCCGGCUCUCCCGGUGGCUUGGCAGCAACUGCCCCUCUGUGCCCUUUCUCGUAUGAGGAGCGAAAAGCUUGGCCUCCUCUGGGAAGCACUUUGAGACGAGUGGCUGACAAGCCCCCCCCCCCCAAGGGCAUCUGCACCCCUUUUGUCUUAGAAGGCUUGGGCUGUUGGGGAUCUCAGUCCCCUUUGCUUUUGCACGGCAGGGUAGUUGCCAUGGAACUGCUAGAGGUCAACAUGAAGCAGUCCUUCUGUGCCAUCCGUACGCUGAUGGCCAGGGCCCUGGGCCUCCAGGACUGUGAACAGUGCGGUGCCAGGCAGCACACGCUGCAGACAGAGCUCCGAGGGACAAUUGAAGAGAGCAGCUUUUGCCUCCUCAAUGACAUUUUCCUUGUCGAGUUUCCCGUUUCGGACAAGGUUCGCGAGAUGCGUGGAAUUGAAAGAAAAAAGGAGUUGCACUCGACUUGGGCAAAAGUGCUAGAGAAGACCAUUGGAGGAGAAUUUGGCAUAUUCGUCAUUGACAAUGCCCAUUUCAUCGACCCUGCCUCCUGGAGUAUCAUGUCACCCCUGCUCCGAAAUGUCUCCUACUUCAUGGUCAUGAGCUUAGCGCCGGGCUACGCAAGAACAGAGGGCUUUUGCAAAGCUGCAGCAGACAACACAACGUCCCAGAAAAUCACCUAUCUUCGUCUGGAUGAGCUGAAACCUUCAGCUGUGGUGCAGACAGUCUGCCAGAACCUUAGAGUGGACAGCACAGAUCUAGCGAGGUUCCUGAUCCAAAGAAGCUCGGGGAUCCCGUAUUACUGCAAGGAGCUGCUGGGCUGCCUUCUUUGCAACGACAUGCUCUUGCUCCGCACCCGGAGGCGGGCUGAAAAAGCAGAGGACAACUGGGAGAGCCUGAUCAUUGAGGCUUCACCCCUCGCAGCAACCUCGAGCUCCAGCGCGGGGAAUGAUGGCAGGGUCUGCAUCAUCAGGCCAGACGUGAACCCGGAGAACACGGUGCUGCCCACCACCUUGAAAGAGAUUGCGCUGGCCCAGCUGGACCGGAUAAAGCCACUGAAGCAGACGGUUUUGAAGUUUGCAGCUGUCAUCGGGCCAGUGUUUACCACCCAGCUGCUGUCGCACAUCCUUCCUGAUGGCAUGAGGCACAAGAUGAAUUGCUUGUUGGACAUGCUGGUGAGCGACAACAUCCUUAAGUGGCUGAAAACCACAGAGGUGCCAGAAGAUGUCCGAGAUCCUACCAAGAGGCCAGGCACCUCUCGGCAGGCAGGGAGUGGUGUGGAGAGACCCUCUCCGAGCAAGAAGACCACGGAGCGGCAGUCUGGCGUGCUGGUCUUCUGUGUCCCACUGCCACGGGAGGCUGCCUACGAGCUGUGGCCCGAGAGACAGCGGGUCGCCUUGCACCGCAAGUGCGCCGCCUUCCUGGAGCGGCACGCGCACAAAUGCAAGAGCUGCGGCCAAGGGGACUUUGUUGCCUUCCACCGCUUCACCGUCACCAGAACCUGGGAGGGAGGGAGCAGUCAGGGCCCUGCUGAGCAGGGUGACCCUCACAGCUGGGAGGCCUUGGUGCUCGCAGGAGAACAGCUGACCAUUUGCUAG